AUGGGCCGGACAUGCGACACCCUUAGAUGGAAGAGUUCUUGCCAAGUGGUGCUUUUAGCAGCCGCCAUCCUGAAUUCUGCCUUCCUGCUGACUCAGGCUCAGGAGGAGAUCCCUGUUACGGCAGAACCACCACAGCCAUCAGAAGGACAGGACAGCCAUCAGAGGACAGAGAUGCUCUCCAAACCGACCGUUUCGGCCUUCCCCUCCUCUUACCUCGUGGAGUUCACUGAUUCCAUUACUCUAACCUGUGAGAUCCGCUCCGGAGCCACCAAAGUCCGCUGGUUCAAGAACGGCAGACCGUUGAGGAAGAGUGAUCAUAUCAGCCUUUCUAGUGAUAACCGGACUCUCUCCAUCCCGAGCAUAACCCGAGACGAUGCCGGGGAGUACCAAUGCGAAGUGUCCAACUCAGCGAGCACCAGAAUCAGUGACAUCCAAUACGUCGAUGUGAUUUAUGGACCUGAAACUCCCGUGAUCCACACAACUGAGGAGAGUUCAGACCUCAAGCUGACUUGUGAAGCCGACACAUUUCCGGAUGCCCAUUAUGCCUGGUUUUUCAAUGGGAGGGAAUGUGGUACAGGAUCCCCUCUGGUCAUCCAGAAUGCCACCCCAGAGCAUUCUGGGAGUUACGUUUGCCUAGCCUGGAACGUUCUGACUCUCCAGAAGAGGAAUAGCACACUGGAUGUUGUGGUAGGAGCUGAAGUGCGUGACGUCACAGUCACUGGCCCCUCUGUCGCCACUGAAGACCAGCCUGUCACUUUGACAUGCACUGCUGUGGGCAGCUCAGUUUCUUACUCCUGGUUUAAGGGGGACCAGAGCCUAGAACCAGGACAUUACACCGUACUGACCAACAACAACCAGAAUCUCAUGUUCAGUCCGAGUCACCGGAGUGACUCUGGGGACUAUACCUGCAGAGGGUCCAACAGUUUCUCUUCUGACGUCAGUGAGCCUCACCGGCUGGAUAUUCUGUAUGGACCCGAUCCUCCCGUCAUCCAUGAGGUUUUUGACCGGGGCCGUUUCAAGCUCAAGUUCUCCUGCCGAUCUGACUCGUAUCCCGCGGCAAGUUAUGUCUGGUUUCUCAAUGAGAAGUUUCUCUCUGACCAACAAAAUCCCCUCGUUCGGGAUCUUGCCACUGAGAAUGGCGGGAAUUAUACUUGCCAAGCCGAAAACAGAAGCACCCGACAGAAGAGAAAUACCACCCUGGAGCUUGAAGUGCAGGGACGGUGGAUGUAAUCAAGAAACCCUGAGCGAUUUGGACCACGGGAUUGACCUGGCGCACGUGUGAAUGUGUCACUCCUGGGAUUUCUGACAUACCGUCAGAUUGUGAAGAAAACCACAGUCACGCCAGAGAAACAGAAGCAGAUGACAGGAGGGAGACUAAACUACAAUAUGGAAGAAUGAACCCGUGUCCCCUGCUUAAUUUCUCUUGAUAUUCAUUCAGCCCUCCCCUCACCCAAUACUACAAAUAGCCUCUUGGUUCAAGACUCAUUGCAGACCAACUUACCUAAAUAGAUUCUCUAACACACCAAA